UCCAGGCGUUUUUUAACAUUGCUUCAAACAGCCGAAACACCUACACAAACUGAAAUGGAGGACUCCACCGGCGAGCAGACAACAAUUUCCGCCGACACCGCUGCCGCACUAUCAUUGGAAACCACAAUCACCACACUCCCACCGCAGCCAGAAUCCCAACCGCUCUCAAAGCGCGCCCAAAAGAAGAUAAUAAAGCAGGAAAGAUAUGAAGUAAAGAAGGCAGAGAAGAAGGCGGAAGUGAAGGAGCACAAGAGGAGAGAGAAUGAGCGGAAGCGGAGAGAAUGGGAUGAGAAACUUGCCAACCUUUCUUCCGAAGAGGAGAAGUUGAAGCUGAUUGAGUCAAAAAGAGAGAUGCGAAAGGAGAGGAUGGAGCAACGUUCAGAGGAGAGAGAAAAUAAGAUACAGAGACUUACUCAGGGUAAACUUCAUGGUCAGAACAUCGUCAUUGAUCUUGAAUUUUCGAAUCUGAUGAAACCUAAUGAACUCAAUAGCCUUGUUCAACAGAUAAUGUAUUGCUAUGCAGUUAAUAGUAGGUGCACUUCCCCAGGCCAUCUGUGGUUGACUGGAUGUGAAGGUAACAUGGGAGACCAUUUGAAUAGACUUCCAGGAUUUGAUAAGUGGAUCAUCGAGAAAGAGAAUCGGUCAUAUAUUGAAGCUUUGCAAGAACAGAAAGAGAAUCUGGUUUAUUUAACUGCUGAUGCAGAAACCGUUUUGGAUGAUCUAGACCCUAAGAAAAUAUAUAUCAUUGGUGGUUUGGUAGAUAGGAACCGGUGGAAAGGACUAACUAUGAAGAAAGCUGAAGAGCAAGGUAUCAAAGCAGCAAAACUUCCAAUAGGAAAUUACUUGAAGAUGUCUAGUUCGCAGGUCCUCACUGUAAACCAAGUGGUGGAGAUACUUCUCAAGUACUUAGAGAUGAAAGAUUGGAAGGCUUCUUUCUUUCAGGUGAUUCCUCAGAGGAAACGAUGUGACGCUGACUCAGGUGAUCCUGAAAGAGAAAUUGAAGACAAGGAGAAAACGGAGGAUGUCAGUUGCACCAAGAACCAAAAGAAAAUGAAAUUAUCUGAAACUGAUUCCGAAGGAAGUGAAAGAGAAGUAGAAAUUGGUGAACAUGAGAAGAGUAAAUCCAAACCGAGGGAAGAUGUAGAAUCAGAAUCUCAGAAGCCAGUAGAAGGGAAAUAAAUUUUGAUGUAAGUGAGAAGAAUAUAUCCAUACUGAACGAAGAUGAAUGUUGAAUUUGAUGUCUGUUGAUUCGUUGAACAAUAUGUCCUGGUUUUAUCCUUUCUA